GCUCAGUAUCAUGUCCUACCUCAAUGAGGUGACUGCGUAACAAAAGCUAAACAUGCCCACCUGCCAGACAUAAAAUCCCACCCGGUCAGCACAUGGUUUUGUAUCCUUUGCUGCCUAACAUGAGAAAGCUAGACAUAAAUGUAGUGCAAACCUAUGCUUAUAUAUAACUAACUGCUUCCAUUGCUUUGUACACAACACAAAUCCAUCAUUUGAAUCAUCUAAGAUCUAAAUCCAUUACAAACCAUAGAGGAAGCCAUGAUUAACCCCAAGAAGCUUGUGGAGAUGGCGAGGAGAGGGCAAAAAGUAGCUGCCACAGGUAGGAAGAGGAGAAUCUCAUUUUCAAGAACUGAUGGCGAUGCGGAUUCAAGUGGAUGCACCACAUCGGUUCCCAACAAGGGGCAUUUUGUUGUAUACACGACCGAUGGAACGCGUUUUGUGGUUCCCUUGGAAUUUCUCAACAACCCCAUUUUCAUAGAGUUGCUCAAAAUGUCUGAAGAUGAAUUUGGUUUGCCGGGCAAUGGGCCAAUUAAAUUUCCAUGUGAUGAGAUCUUCAUGGAGUAUAUCAUCUCGUUGGUUCGGAGGCACGUGUCUGGAAAUGUAGAGAAGGCGUUGAUCAUCUCCGUGGCUGCAGGUCGGUGCUCAACAUCUUCCUUGCUCAUUCAAGGACAUGCCAACCAAAAUGUACUUCUCCCUAGUUUUUAAAGAGCUCAUAAAGCCAAACAAUGGCCUUUGUUAUUUCCCUAACAUUUGUACAUGAUCGAUACAAUUUUGAUACAACAGAGUUUUAUUCAU